AUGUAUGAGCCAGCCUGGCCGAAGCAGUCACGGCAGCCUUCGUGUGCAAGCCGACACAGCAGCCUUCGCGGCGUUGCUGGGGGCACGCAGUUCAAAAGAGCUGUUUCCUAUUUAACGAUUCUUAUCUAUCCGGGACUCCGAAUCUCCGAAUCCAAAAUUCAACUGCUUCGUCGACAUAUCAAUGCAUUUCCAGACUUUCCAAAGAAGGGCAUCUUGUUUAGAGAUAUAUGUCCCAUCCUGAGAGAUCCAACUGCCUUAACAGCAGUAAUUGACCUGUUCGAAGAGCAUGUUAAAAACAAAAAUUGGGAGGUCGAUCUAAUUGUAGGUUUAGAUGCUCGUGGGUUCCUAUUUGGGCCGCUUCUUGCACAGCGGCUGGGAGUUGGUUUUGUCAUGGUCAGGAAGAAAGGAAAGCUGCCAGGAGUCACUGUGUCAGUGGCAUACGAUUUGGAAUAUGGGAAGGCAGAAGCAGAAGUUCAAGAGGAUGCAGUGACACCAGGGCAGAAAGUCGUGCUUCUUGAUGACCUUCUUGCAACUGGAGGACCCAGGGGACGACUGCUCUUCGCCAGAUCGUCGCAACUCAUGCCCCGUUCCUGCACUCCCGUAUUCUUGAUCGUGAACCCUGGUGUACCGACCUCCGCCUGUCCUCUGAUCGACCCCCCACCUGCUGGUCCUCGCCAUUGCCUUCUGGAAUUCCCUUCCUACACUGCCAAUGGCCUCCAAGGACCGCCUCACUUACGUUCUCUAGAAGAACUGUCUACUCAGAGGACACCCGGCCUUGAGAAGAUUAACUGUCUCUGUAUAACAACUUUACUUGUCUUGUGAAACCUGCU